AUGCCUGACGAUGGUGAGGAAGAUGUGGGUGGUGGUUCCCUUUCAGACGAUUCGAGCUUCUAUGGGGACGUACAACUCCGUACCGAGCUCGAAGACCGUGCAGCAACUUUUGACCCCUCACGUUACUGGGCUACUCACAACAGCGAACUCGCCGUCAUCGCUGCCAUCACAGUGGCUCAUGCCUCUAGCUCUGCUCUCGCGCCGAAGAAGCUCUACAACAUGUAUGAGGGCGACUCCGCCGGCCGCCAGCUAUCAGAGACUGUUACCUCUUUCCUGUCGCGCCUACCUCCUCGCGCCACACAUGCAGACAACUGCGGCCCUUGGAUCUACAUAGCGAACCCGCGCUCCAAAUCACGGCCCACCGAUGAAGACCGAGCAGGGUUCAUGGAAAGAGGUCGAGGCAUCCUCGAAGACUUCGAAGCCACAAGAUCCGGCAUCGAAGCCUCAAUGGCUGGCAAAGCGAAGAGCACCAUCGGCCGCAAAUUGACACCACUGCGCAAGCAAGCGGAGGCGGACCUCUACGCCGCUGCGAAAGAAAAGGCAUGUCCGUCCGGGAAAUGGAUGCUCUUUCCGAUGGCGGCCGACGUCGACAGGGUCUGGUCUCUCGUCGCCACGGCCACCGCGGCCGGGGAGCUUGGGCGUGCGGCCAAGGUCGCCACGGAUGACGGGUCGGGGAACGUGACGCCGAGGCUGAUCUGCAUCUACACGGAAGAUUUCUCGGACGGGGCGGAUGUGAGGAGGGUGCUUGAGAGACUGGUCGGUAUGGGGUUGGUGAAGGGGAAGGGGCCAGGGCCAAUGGGCGAGGAGAGGGCUAUCUACUACAAGGCGGACGCGUUCACGUACCUCGGGAUCGAGAGCAAGAAUGAUUGGGGGGUCAAGGCGAGUCUGUUCUCCUCGAAAGACGUGCUGGCUGAGAAGAAGGAAAAGGCUGGAUGA